CGAAGCACACCGUCUCAAGGUGUCAAGCCCCUUCACGGUCCGUCUUGGUGUUCCUGGUGCAAGGCUCUCCCUGCCGUUUCGGUGUCCUGGUACUCCUGAUCGAAGGUUCUCUCUGCGGUCUCGAUGCCCUGAUGUUCCGGUUUUUCUCGUCCCUCUUUGGCGCUCCUUUCGGUGGCGCGCUUUUGGCGGUUUUCGUUGCCUGGCAGUUCUUGGCUCGACGUCUACCGUUCUCUUUUGGAAUUCAGCCUAUGGAAUUCCCUCCCAAUUGUUCACCGUUUCUCUCAGCUGACUUUUUUCAGCGUCACCGUUCUCUGCGAUUUUGGUGUCCUGGCGACGACUUUUCUCUUCCUUCUUCAGUUUGUUGGAUUUUCUCUUUUGUCUCCGGAUGUUGUUUCUCCUCUUUUCUCUCGUCCUCUGCCACUCCAUCUUAUUCUCUCUCUCAGACAACAUAUUCUAAUGGCUUUUAGGUGGUGGGGUUCUUCUGGUAUUUUUUUUUCUCAACCUUCG